AUGUCAGAAAUCGCGGGCCCUGCUGCUGCUGCUCUGGCAUCGCUAUGCCCUGACGACGUAAUUUUCCUUCAGUCACUCCCCAAGGCAGAACUUCAUGCUCAUCUCAACGGAUCUAUACCUAUCAAAACAAUACUGGAACUUGCGCAGAAAUACUCGCCUUCUAGUCCACAGACGACCGAGGUCGCAGACAUUAUCGAGAAACUCAAGUCUGGAGUCAUCUUGAAUGACAUAUUUGACUUUUUCUCUCUGAUGCCCGCUAUCUAUACUCUGACAUCAACCCCGGAAGCAGUCGCGAUAACUACUCGUGCAGUCCUCCAGUUAUUCCUGAACCCCACCAGUGAUGGCGCGGAAAGUCCUCAGUGCACGUACCUCGAGCUACGGACUACACCUCGCGCGACGCCACACAUGACGCGAGAGAGGUACCUCACGGUUGUGCUUGAUGAAGUAGAGAUGUAUCCUGCUACACAGGCCGCCCUGAUCGUGUCCGUCGAUCGUCGCAUGAGUGACUCGGACCUUGAAGAAUGCAUUAGUCUUGCCAUCGAGAUGAAGAACAGAGGCAGAAGAGUUGUAGGCAUUGAUGUAUGUGGGGAUCCACGUAGUGGCGACAUGCAAUCCUUCACUCAGCACCUAUCAAGAGCAAAGGGUGCUGGCCUUGGGUUGACCGUACACAUCGCGGAGAGCACAAAUAAUACAACCGAGGAUUCUCUGGCACUCCUUAGUUGUCGUCCGGAUCGACUCGGACACGCAACAUUCCUUUCAGAUGAACUCAAGACUUUGUUCUUCGAAGAUAUCCCGCAGCCUGGGACAGAAUGCGAUAGCACUGCGUCUGAGGAAGCGAAAGUGCAGAUGUCUUUCCGGGCUGAUGCAGAGAAAUUUUCCGAGCGAGCCGCCAUUAAGGAUAUUGAAGAGAUGAUCAAACAAGCGGAGUCGCCCAAUAACGCGCGCACGAACGGACAAUACAAGCCAUGCAUCGAGAUAUGCCUGAGCUCCAAUCUUCUAUGCAAAACUGUCGCAUCCCUCGACGCGCAUCAUAUUCGCUAUUAUCUGAAGAAUGACCAUCCCAUCGUCAUCUGUACUGAUGACGCACUCCCUUUCAGAACGUCUUGUCUUGGGGAGUACUCUUUGCUUCUGGCACAGCCUCCGUUAGGCCUUGGCUUGAGCAGAGAUGAUGUAGCUAGAAUCGCGCGGAUGGGCAUGGAUGCUGCAUUUUUGAGACCUCGUGAUUGA